CCAGAGGUACCCCAGCCAGCCGGCCUCAUCAGUGCGGCUCUGGCCACCAUACUGUGAGGGUGUACACAUCAUCUCCGCUCCUUCUCGCCUAGUCCAGCUGCUGUUAUAGGGUUGCAGCAGCUGAAGAACGUCUAGAUGGCUCCAGUUCACGAGUAUACACGUAGCUGCUUCUGGGUGCGUCCUCACCAGAGGUUUUGUGGUUACACAAUGCCGUUUCCCGCCUUCACCUGCUCCGUGACGCCACCAGAACCGGUUCGAUUUCUGUGUCUUUAUGGCCCAAGGUGUGAUAAUGGGUCGGUUCACGGCGAUGAUGAUGAUGGUGACAGCGAUGGUGACGGUGGGUUGUGACGCACAGCAAGGAGCCAGUUGUACGGCGAGGGGCCGGCGGGGCGUGUGUGGGCCCAUCAUCAACUGUCCCGCGCUCCUCACUCUCCUCAACCUGAUAAAGGCAGGACGGGCGCCCCCGCAAGCAGUCGACACCUUGCGCAGCGCCAUCUGUGGCUUCGACAACAACUUCCCUCUGGUGUGCUGCUCGUCUCCUGGACCCGCUGCCCCGGGGCCGGGGAAUCUGGUGAAGCCCGUCCUGCCCACCUCCUGCGGCGUCUCCGCCCUUACUGACAGGAUCAUUGACGGGCACGACGCCCCCCUCCUGGCCUGGCCCUGGAUGGCCCUCCUACGAGGCAGAUUUAAAGGACAGUUGACGUGGUUCUGUGGCGGGGUGCUCAUCUCUGACCGCUACGUCCUCACGGCCGCCCACUGUUUCAAGUCCAACCUGCUCACCCUGGAGAGCGUAAGGAUCGGGGAACACACCUUGAACCAGGACCGGGACUGUGAGAAAGGGAUCUGUGCUCCUCUGCCCCAAGACAUUCCUGUGGCCCAAGUGAUCAACCAUCCAGAGUACGGGAAGCCGUGCCCCGAGUGUAACGACAUCGCGCUCCUGAGGCUGGCCCAUCCUGCCACCAUGAACUCGCUACACGUGGUGCCCAUCUGCCUGCCUCUCAACCCCCAGAAGGACCUGGGCUUCAGCGAGCAGCAGUUUAUUGGGAAGUCUGCCUGGGCGGCCGGCUGGGGCACCACCUCCAGAGAUUCGUCAGAGUUCAUUCGACUCAACCCUCUGCAGCAAGUGCAGUUGCCCAUCCAAAACUUGCAAUAUUGUGAGACUCUGAGACAAGGUUAUCCGGACCGUCGCAUGGUGCUGUGUGCAGGUGGAGAGGGCAAGGACACCUGCAGGGGGGACUCUGGCGGGCCCCUGGCCUUCACCAACACCGGGGGCACCAGGCACUUCGUGGUUGGCAUUACCAGCCGGGGCCCCAGAGAGUGCGGCUCCACCAACACCCAGGGACUCUACACCAAUGUGGCCUUCUAUGCUUCUUGGAUCACCAAUAACUUGAAGCCGUAAAUGUUACUUCCGUUAACAACAAGAGCCUUCACCCGAGUACGUCUCAACCUACAACAACAAGAGCCUUCACCCGAGUACGUCUCAACAUACAACAACAAGAGCCUUCACCAGAGUACGUCUCAACCUACAACAACAAGAGCCUUCACCAGAGUACGUCUCAACCUACAACAACAAGAGCCUUCACCAGAGUACGUCUCAACCUACAACAACAAGAGCCUUCACCAGAGUACGUCUCAACCUACAACAACAAGAGCCUUCACUAGAGUACGUCUCAACAUACAACAACAACAAGAGCCUUCACUAGAGUACGUCUCAACCUACAACAACAACAAGAGCCUUCACUAGAGUACGUCUCAACCUACAACAACAACAAGAGCCUUCACUAGAGUACGUCUCAACAUACAACAACAAGAGCCUUCACCCGAGUACGUCUCAACCUACAACAACAAGAGCCUUCACCCGAGUACGUCUCAACCUACAACAAAAAGAGCCUUCACUAGAGUACGUCUCAACCUACAACAACAACAAGAGCCUUCACUAGAGUACGUCUCAACAUACAACAACAAGAGCCUUCACUAGAGUACGUCACAACCUACAACAACAACAACCUUCACUAGAGUACGUCUCAACAUACAACAAGAGCCUUCACCAGAGUACGUCUCAACCUACAACAACAACAAGAGCCUUCACUAGAGUACGUCACAACAUAAAAAGAAUUGUGAAUACCUUUCACCAUAUGGCAUUAACCCCGCCAACAUCCAUGUUAGUCGGAUUCAAUGUGUUUUUAUACCUCUGUUUGAGUUCAUUUUGACCGAAUACCGUAAGUGUUCUGUCUCUGUUAUCCUCAUUACCAGCUCCUGAUCAAUGUUCUGUAUACAGAUAAUAAAAAUUUACAUAAUAUUC